AUGCCAUCCACUACUGAAGAACUCAAGUCCCGCUUCCCGGACUUGGAGUGGUUUCCUCUGCCUACACCAGAAGAGCACCCUCGGUUUAUCUACGAACCUUCUCAAUCUGGAUCCACUAUCCUAGGGCAGGGUCACACUCGCUCACCCGGACGCCGAGCAUUUCCAAUUGAAACCAUUUUUGAACAAGAUGUCGCGAUUCGGAUGCGAGACGGCAUUACGAUCUACGCCGACAUAUUCCGUCCCGUUGGCUCAGAUCAAAAGCACCCAGUCCCGGCAAUCUUACCCUGGAGCCCAUAUGGCAAGACUGGAACCGGAGUUCAGCAGUAUGAAAACAUGGCCCCUUUCCGAGUUGGUCUGAGAUUGGAUCAGACGUCCGGUUACGAAAAGUUCGAGGGUCCUGAUCCCGCUGAGUGGAUGCAUCGUGGGUACGCCAUUGUAAACAUCGAUGCUCGCGGCGCCGGUCGAUCGGAAGGAAAUCUAGUUUUCUGGGGGCAGCAAGAGGCGGAAGACAUCUAUGACACUAUUGAGUGGAUCGCCAACCAACCAUGGUGUAAUGGCUCCGUCGGUAUGGCCGGCAACUCGUGGUUGGCAAUCUCCCAGAUCAACUUUGGGUCUCGUCUAGAACAUCCGGCUCUCAAAGCCCUAGCACCAUGGGAAGCUGAGAAUAUGCCCGCGAUGAUUGAUAAGCGGCCGCUCUUCGAUGAAUAUUGGGAGAGCAAAUAUAUCAACACCGUGAAUAUCAAGGUUCCGAUUUACGUUGUUGCGUCUUAUUCGUCCCAGCUUCAUAGUCGCGGCGCUUUCCAUACAUUCCGGACCGCAAAGUCAUCUAAAAAGUGGCUACGUGUCCAUCCAUAUCAGGAAUGGUACGAUCUGUAUCGACCGGACAUGGUCGAUGAUCUUCAGAAAUACUUUGAUCGAUUUUUGAAAGGUAUUGACAAUGACUGGGAGCUGACCACGCCGAAGGUCCGCCUAUCUCUACUCGGGUUUGAAGCUGGAGGUGGCCUGAUCCCGACUGUACGCGAACGACCGGAAUCUGACUGGCCUGUGCCUCGUCAGAGCCUGAAGACGCUAUUCUUGAAUGCUUCAACCAAGACGCUUCAAGUUGACAAACCUUCUAAUAUCUCUUCUUGCUCGCAUUCUGGCAAAGAUAUGGAGGCCACCUCGGAUUUUAUUUUUUAUUUCCAUGAUUAUACCGAGCUUGCUGGCUAUGCUAAAGCAGAACUCUGGAUGUCAUGCAAGGAGCAUGAUGAUUUUGACGUCGCGGUACAGAUUAGAAAGAUCUCGAAAGAUGGAAACCCCUUAGAGCAUCUUAACUAUCCGUGCCCGGUGGAAAUCGAGAAGGUUCCGAACGUGAACACGGCUAAGGCUUUGGGGCCGCAGGGCUUCCUACGUGCCUCGCAUUCAUGCACAAAGGUUGAGGAGUUGUCUACUCAGCAAGAAGUGUUCUACCAACACGAUCGGCGCGAACCUGUUCGCCCAGGGUCAGUCGCUAAGCUUGAGAUCACAUUCUGGCCCAUGGGCAUGAUCUUUGCACCUGGCGAAGGUAUCAUGCUUCGGGUCUCAGGUCAUGAUAUGUGCUACCCAGAGACGGACAAAAUCCCACCAGCAUCGAUCAACAAUGAGAAUGUGGGAAAUCACGUUGUUCACACUGGUGGCGACCAUGAUUCGAAAUUGAUCCUGCCAUUUAUUUGA